AUCAUCCUCCCUCUCAUCUGUCUCAACUCCCAAGUUAGUAUUUGCUCUGCAGAAAGCUCUAAUAUUUGAUCUAGAGGAGAAAAACUAAUGGCAAAUCGUUUAAUUCCAUCACUCAACCGUGUCCUUGGUGGGUUCCUCCAGUCCUCCAGAACCACCGCCGGAAUUCAUCUCCCCGAUCAAUCCACCAAGCUCAACUUGGGGAAAGUGAUGGCAGUGGGCUCGGGAGUAAGAACUGUUCACACUCGACCUCUAUGGAAGGGCAGUUUCGUUGAUGCAUUCCUGAUGAAACUGAAGAGGAAGAAGGAUCUACUUAAUAACAAGAAAAUCUGGUCACGUCGGUCUACAAUUUUGCCAGAAUUCGUUGGCUGCUCUGUACGAAUUUACAAUGGAAAGACUCAUGUUCGUUGCAAGAUCACUGAAGAUAAGGUUGGUCAUAAAUUUGGAGAGUUUGCUCUUACUCGGAAGCGAAAGCUGCGCUUGGCACCAACAGCUGAUAAGAAAAGAAAACCAGGGGGAAAGAAAUGAGGUGUUUUUAUGCUUUUUGUUUUUGUCUUCUGGAAUAAUUAUUGUCUUACCACCAGGUAACAGAAUUGGUAGACCUAUUAGCUUGAAAUGGAAAGGAAUUUUGGUUCUGUAAUAGUUAAUCCAUGGAGGAAAUGAGGAGAUUUUAUGUGUUAUCUUUUUUUUUUGGUGGGAAGCUAAAGCUAAGAACUUUCUUUCUUUCACUCUAGUCUUAGAGAUCUAUAGAGUUUGGAAUUUGAUGCUCCCAAGCUGUUUGUUCCGGUGCCCAUCUGUUGAAUUUGGUGUUUCCUCUUGAAUUUAAAUUAGCUUUUGAUUCACUUGAAGGUACUGCUAGACACCCCAGUUUAUGGGACUUUGA